GAACCCACCUCGGCGCAAAGCCCAUGACGGGCAUGGUGACAGCAGUCCUGUGGACUGGUGGGAAGGACUCUGUGAUGGCGAUGAUGGAUGCGGUGGACCGCGGGUACGAUGUGCAGUACCUUGUCACGUUCGCACCGGAGAACCCGAGCUUCAAAGCGCACCCACUGUCGCUGAUGCGUCGCCAGGCGGCAGCAGUUGGCAAAUUGCACUUGAUCAAGACGGUGGCGACGCCGUACGCAGAAAGCUACGAACACCACUUGCGAUCACUCCACGAUGAAUUGGGUGUCACGCACAUCGUGACGGGAGACAUCGACUACAUUGGGUCUUCCACGACCAAAUUUAUUCAAGAGCGAUGCAAAGCUGCAGGGCUAACAAGCGUGUUUCCUCUGUGGCAGCGAUCAAGGGACGAGCUUCUGGCAACGCUGUUGAAACGUCGGCUUCAUGUCGUAUUUUCUUGCGUGAAGACGGUGCCAUUUCACCCCGUGUCAAGGUGGCUGGGGCAACCCAUCAACGACGCCUCGAUCGCAGCACUGCACUCGAUCCAGAACGACGGCAAGAAUAUCGACAUUUGCGGCGAGAAUGGCGAAUACCACACGAUGGUGCUCAAUGGGCCUUGUUUUCAAUACGCCAUCGACUUGCCACCGUUCGACAUUGCUUCAGUGGACACGUUGAGUUUCAUGCAGUUCCCUCCGGACUGGUGAUGUCGCACCGAUGUGAUGCAGCAUCUAAAGCAGCUACAGCAGUCGUGAAUCUGCGCUGUAGAGUAACACAGAUUCUAAGAACAAAGACCAUUUGCUCUUGCACCGCUGCCUUCACAGCAGCGGUGCAACUUCCACGAGCAUCCCCC